UCCAGAGAUCCACCCCGCGUUUUACCUCCUCCCUGCGGGACCGGAAGUUGAGAUGAAAACAAGAACGGAAAAUGACUUCAUCCUCUAAAAUGGAUUAAAAUAGAAUUAUUAUUUUUUCUUUUAAGGAGCAGCUAAACCUGCAGAUGAUGUCCCACAGCGCGAGGAGUGGGGACAUCAUCCACCUGAACGUCGGGGGGAAGAGGUUCAGCACCUCCCGACAGACCCUCACCUGGGUUCCUGACUCCUUCUUCUCCAGUCUUCUGAGCGGCCGGAUCUCCACCCUGAAGGAUGAAACCGGAGCUAUCUUCAUCGACAGAGACCCUUCCCUGUUUGCCACCAUCCUCAACUUCCUCCGGACCAAAGAGCUGCACCCCCGAACCAUCAGCGUGCACAUGCUCAUGCACGAGGCCGAGUUCUACGGCAUCACGCCGCUGGUGCGUAAGCUGCAGCUGUGUGACGAGCUGGACCGGUCCUCCUGUGGAAACGUGCUGUUCAACGGCUACCUGCCUCCCCCAGUCUACCCGGCAAAGCGCCGCAACCGGCACAGCGUGGCGGGGUCACAGUUCAUGGCGGGCCGGGUUGGGCCCGUGGAGCGAGCGCCGGUCAGACGCAGCAACACGAUGCCCCCGAACCUCGGGAACGCCGGGAUCCUCGGAAGAGCCAGCACGGAGGAGAGGACCCCCGGAGGUCAGCUAUCAGACACCGGCAUGGUCCGCAUCAUCUGUGGGCAUCACAACUGGAUCGCUGUGGCCUACGCACAGUUUGUCGUCUGCUACAGGGUGAAGGAAUCCACCGGGUGGCAGCAGGUCUUCACCUCUCCUCGCCUCGACUGGGUCAUCGACCGCGUGGCGCUGAACGCCAAAGUGAUGGCCGGCUCUCUGGGAGACAACGACAAGAUGGUGGCGGUUGCCGCGGGGACGGAGAUCAUCCUCUGGGCCAUCUGCCCCGACGGCAACGGCAACGAAAUCGGAGUCUUUAGCCUGAAUGUGCCGGUGGAGGCGCUCUUCUUCGUUGGUAACCAGCUGAUCGCCACCAGCCACACGGGGAAGGUCGGGGUUUGGAACGCCGUCACCAAACACUGGCAGAACCAGGACGUGGUUCCCAUCAGCAGCUACGACACUGCCGGCUCCUUCCUGAUCCUGGGCUGCAACAACGGAUCCAUCUACUACAUCGAUGUGCAGAAGUUUCCUCUGAGGAUGAAGGACAACGACCUGCUGGUGACGGAGCUGUACCGAGACCCGACCGAAGACGCCAUCACCGCUCUCAGCGUCUACCUCACCCCCAAAACCAGUGACAGUGGGAACUGGAUCGAGAUUGCGUAUGGGACCAGCUCCGGGUCGGUCCGAGUCAUCGUCCAGCACCCAGAGACGGUCGGCUCGGGGCCGCAGCUCUUCCAGACCUUCUCAGUCCACCGUAGCCCCGUCACCAAGAUCAUGCUCUCCGAGAAGCACCUCAUCUCAGUUUGUGCCGACAACAACCACGUGCGGACGUGGACGGUGACCCGGUUCAGGGGGAUGAUCUCCACCCAGCCGGGCUCCACGCCGCUCACCUCCUUCAAGAUCCUCAGCCUGGAGGACGUGGACGGACACGGAGGCUGCAGCGCCGGCACGGAGAUAGGUCCGUACGGAGAGAGAGACGACCAGCAGGUGUUCAUCCAGAGAGUGGUACCGGACACAGAUAAACUCUACGUGAGGCUGUCCUCCAACGGGAAGAGGGUGUGCGAGGUGCGUUCGGUGGACACCACCUCCAUCACGGCCUUCAUGGUCCACGAGUGCGAGGGCUCGAGCCGCAUCGGCUCUCGGCCGCGGCGCUACCUCUUCAGCGGCCAUGGCAACGGCAGCAUCCAGAUGUGGGACCUGACCACCGCGAUGGAGAUCGCCGGGAAGGUCGACAUCAGAGCGCUGGGCGGGCCGACGGAGGAGGAGCUUCUGGAGCUGUUGGACCAGUGUGACUUGGCUCUGACCAGAACACCUGACAGCACACCGAGAGCCUCCACCUGCAGUCUCCACUCUCAGCUCACCGACGUCUUCAGGAUGGACCGUCUCCACUCGGCGGCCGGGCCGCGAGGAGGAGGGGCAUCGGGUUCCACCCCCUCCUUGUGCGGCAGCCUCCCCCGGCAGGCUGUGCCCCUCACCAAGCCCGUACGGGACCCCCCCAUCUGCGGGCUGCCAGCCCUCAACAUCCCCGCCUACGCCCCCAGCCACAGCCACACCGGCAGCCCCCGACCCACCAGGCACCAGGACCGGGACCGGGAGUGGGGGUCCGUGCGUAGGGGGAGCUUCGUGGAGCGCUGCCAGGAGCUCGCCAAGGGGUCAGAGGUGGCGGCGGGCUCUGGGUUCGGGGUCCCGUCGGGGUUUGAGGGCAUGAGGCGGAGCGUAGCAGUGUGCACUGAGUUAGAGGCCAGGUUCGGCCUCAGGACCCCCACCACCUUCUCCGUGUCGCCUUGUGCACGCCACUCCCCAGGAGCUCCGCCCCCCGUCCCGUCCGCGUCAUCGGCGCUGACCCCGCCGCUUUCAAUCCGCAAGACCACGCCCACUCCCCCAACCAGCUCCGCCCCUGCAGCCGUGAGCCCCUCGCGCUCCAGUGCGCCCGCCGACGCCCCGUCUUCCCCUGAGAGCCUGGCAAGUCCGGAGAGCCCCGCCCCCGGACCGCCCACCAGCCCCAAACCACACAUGAACGAGACCAGCUUCUGAUUGGUCCUUCAGAAGCCGCACUGAUCAGUACCCUCGAUCAAUGAGUCAAAUGAGUCUGUGGAAAGUGGAACACUGGAUGCUAUCAGCUGUAGCCCGCUAAGCUAAUGCUAGCCCUGUAAAGGAGGCUACUGGUCCCUCGUGUACUGGAUGUAAAACACGCAGAUGUUAGAUUUAUACUUCAAUGUUUUUUUAAUAUCUUCAUGAAAAUAAUUUUGAGGAUGAGGAAAUAAUAUCGUGGGAUGGUUAUAUAAAUUAUUUUUUUUAUAUCUAAUAAAUUAUGUAAUAUUAUAUACUAAACUACCAGUUUAUGAAGGUAUUAAAAUGAAUUAGGUGACAAACACUUUAAUAUUCUAAUAUAUUAUUCUGCAUAAUGAGAUACUACUGAUGUAUUUCUACACUGUGGUAGUACUUCUUAGCUGAAGUAAGAUGUGAGUACUUCCUCUGCAGCAGCGAGCUACAGCUGAUCAAUAAAUCCUUUGUCUUUUGCUUCUACUAAACGUUGAUGAGGGGAAAUUAAUAAAUCUGUCACAGAAAUAUUAAAUAUUGAUUGAUCACGUGGACCAAACCGGAGCAAAAAAAGUGAAGUUAAACCUUUUUUUACUUUUUAUAACCUUGUGGCAUCAGUCUAAGAAUUUUUUACCUAAAAGUGUUUAUCAGUUUAUAUUUUAAAGUUUGUGUGACUAGUUGUCUUCUUUACGGCCAAUCAGCUGACGUGUCACCAUGGCAACAGCAGCAUUUUACAGCCAUAUUUUAAUGAUCUUCUGGAAAGAUUUGUUUUAUUGCAUGAACAAAUGAUUGCAAACUUUAUAAUCCUAUUUUAUUGUAUUUAAGUACUUUUGUUUAGUUUGCUCACUAGGAAAUAUUUGUUAGUGUACUACAGUACUACACAACAAAUGAAUGAACUAAUACACAGUGUAUUAUUUAUUAAAUUACCAGCAGAAUAUAAAGGCAUUGAAGUGAUGAAUCAACGUAUUUAAUCAUAUUACUCUGCUCAGGGUUCAUAAUACUUUUGACUUGGCUGUUGAAGGCAGGACUUCCACUUGUAUCAUGGUAGUUAUACUGUGAUAUUACUUCUAAUACUGUAGUUAAACAUCAGUGUCAUAAUAAAUUAUAAUACAUUUUAAGUUUUUGGCAGACGCUUAAAUGAAUUGUAUUUUCAAUGUGACGUUUAUUCACAUAAUUCCACAUCUAAUGAACAUAGUUUGGUUCUCAUGCUUUAAUAGAUAAUUAUUGUCUCUGGUUUUCUAUAUUUGAUGAAGAAACAAGUAAAAAUGAAAACCUAGAAACCCUCUGUUGACUGCGUGAAGGUGACACGAAGCAGCGCUCACCUACUGGUCCUACUGGUCCUUGAUCUGGUUCAGCUGGUUUCCAUCUGCUGGUGGUCUCACUGUUUUAUUUUUUACAUUUUUUCCACUAAACGUGUUUCUGUAUUUUUUGUGUGGCAUUCAGGGUUAAAUUAGAAACCUGAAUUCAGGUUUAAACAAUUUACUUAAAAAUGUAUAUUUUUGGUAAUUUUGCAACUAACAACGCCUUUUUUCUAUUAAACUCACUCUCUAUAAAGCUCUUUAUUUUAUGACCAAACCCAAAUAUGAAACAUGAUUCAUGAAAAAGCUGAAACCAAAGAACAUUUUGGAG